AAGAACACGAUGAUAGCUAGAUUGAUAUGUCGUAGCCUCAGAAACAGAGAGGAAAACCAGAGAGGAAAAUGGCUUCUCUGCGUGUUGUGUUUCGUCACAUACACAUAAACAUGAACCACUGCUACUCCACUUCACCACGACCCAUGGGUGGUUUACUCCUCCACCGUCGCGACACGUGGCGGCGGCGCUGCAACAGUGUUAAACCCCGUGCAUGUUCAGACAAUCAUCACCGCAGUUACAGAGUAGUGCUGAACAAAGAUGAACGGUUAGGAGAGCGUGUUGGUCACAACAACACUACCGAGCUCGGAAACUCGACGACGACCAUUGCGGCCAUCGUAACAUCCUUGGGGGGCCCACCCGCCGCCGUCGGAAUAGUUCGCCUCUCGGGUCCUCACGCGGUGUCCAUAGCGGGUCGAGUGUUCAGACCCGGCCGGAGCACGUGGCGGCCCACCAGCCAUGUGGUGGAGUACGGCGUGGUCUUCGACUCCGACGGGAACGUCAUCGACGAGGUUUUGGCGGUGCCGAUGCUAGCACCGAGGUCGUACACUCGGGAGGACGUGGUUGAGCUUCAAUGUCACGGGAGUGAAGUGUGUCUCCGUCGCGUGCUCAGAACUUGUUUGGAAGCUGGAGCAACACUAGCUCAACCAGGUGAGUUUACUCUGCGUGCUUUUCUUAAUGGGCGGUUGGAUCUAUCCCAAGCUGAAAAUGUUGCGAAACUUAUCGCAGCCAAAUCCGUGGCUGCUGCAGAUGCUGCGCUGGCGGGAAUCCAGGGUGGUUUCUCUUCUCUUGUCAGAUCGUUGAGAAUUCAGUGCAUUGAGUUGCUCACUGAGAUUGAAGCUCGUUUGGAUUUUGACGAUGAGAUGCCGCCUCUAAAUUUGAAUCAGAUUAUGGAAAAAAUACAUAAUAUGUCCCGAGAUGUUGAGAAUGCAUUGGAAACAGCAAAUUAUGACAAGCUUCUGCAAUCUGGAUUACAGAUAGCAAUUGUUGGCCGUCCAAAUGUGGGCAAGUCAAGCCUUCUUAAUGCUUGGAGCAAAAGUGAGAGGGCAAUAGUCACCGAAAUUGCUGGAACCACUCGUGAUGUGAUUGAAGCAAGUAUUAGCGUUAAUGGGAUUCCUAUAACCCUUCUUGAUACUGCAGGCAUCAGGGACACUGAUGACAUUGUUGAAAAGAUUGGUGUAGAACGAUCUGAAGCAGUUGCUAGAGGUGCUGAUUUAAUUAUCAUGACUGUGAGUGCUGUUGAAGGGUGGACAGCUGAAGACACCAAACUUCUUGAAAGGAUUCAGUCUACUAAGGAAUCAACUGGAUCUUCCACCCCCGCAAUCCUUGUUGUCAACAAGAUAGAUUGUAAACCUUGUGCUGAGACUGAAUGGGACAAAGGGUGUCAUGGUCACAAUUUUUUCAGUAAAAGUGUGUUUACAUGUGCUGUAACUGGUCAAGGAUUACAAGACUUAGAGAGCACAGUUUUAGAGAUGGUGGGUCUGGAUGUAGUUCCUGCUGGAGGUCGCCGAUGGACUGUCAAUCAGAGACAAUGUGAACAACUUGUUCGGACCAAGGAAGCACUUUCAAGGUUACAAUCAUCAAUAAGGGAGGAACUACCUCUGGAUUUUUGGACAAUUGAUUUGAAGGAUGCUGCAAUGUCCCUUGGACAGAUAAAUGGAGAAGAUAUAUCAGAAGAGGUGUUAUCAAAUAUAUUUGGCAAGUUCUGUAUUGGUAAAUAAAUAGAUACAAGGUAUGUGCUUGGUGAUAUUAAGCAUGAUUUUCAGCAUAUUUUAUCUUCAUCCUUUCAAUUGUAUAUGGGACGCUAGAUUUCAUCUAGGUUAAGCACGCCUCAUGAAUUCAUUCUUUAAA